CCAGGGACACAGCUUAGAAAAAUGCAGGCCUCAUGUGUCACCAAUUGCUGACCCACCGCCUUGAUGACAGCACCCCUGUGCACCUUCCCAGUUCAGUUCCGGCAGCCCUCAAUCAGCGGCCUCUCACAGAUCACCAGAAGCCUGUACAUCAGCAAUGGUGUAGCUGCCAACAACAAGCUCUUGCUGUCCAGCAACCAGAUCACUUCAGUCAUCAAUGUCUCAGUAGAGGUGGUAAAUACCAUCUAUGAGGAUAUCCAGUAUACACAGGUGCCUGUGGCUGACGCACCCAUCUCCAAGCUCUAUGACUUCUUUGACCCCAUUGCCGACCACAUCCACAGUGUGGAAAUGAAGCAGGGCCGUACACUGCUACACUGUGCCGCUGGCGUGAGCCGCUCAGCCACUUUGUGCCUUGCCUACCUCAUGAAGUACCAUGCCAUGUCCCUGCUGGAUGCUCACACAUGGACCAAGUCAUGCCGGCCCAUCAUCCGACCCAAUGCUGGCUUUUGGGAGCAACUCAUCCAUUAUGAGUUCCAGCUGUUUGGCAAGAAUACUAUACACAUGGUCAGCUCCCCAAUGGGAAUGAUCCCUGACAUCUAUGAGAAGGAUGUCCGUUUGAUGAUUCCACUGUAAAUCAUCUCCUAGGCCUCUGCUUUGGGUCCAAGUACAGACCUAUUAUUGAUCCUAUAUCAGGAUCUGAACUUGAAGGAUCUUUGUUGAUACAGGAAUGCACCAGAUGAUACCUUUUAUAAGGGCAAAAAAAAAAAAAAAAAAAAGAAAGUGAUACCACAGCUUUCAACUUUGUAACCUAUAUCUUUAAAGAUUAAACUUGAUUGUUAGAGGUGAAGAUAAAUUUUCUACCCUAUGAGUGGCAGGCCAUGGCUGCUGGCCAGAGGGUGAAAUAAGGCAGGUGGUACACUGGAGAGAGACCAGAGCACCAGUGCCUGGAAUCCUGCUGCCCUUUGCUAGACUGAACAACUCAUAAAUGAGACUGCCACAAUCCUACUUUGUUCCUUCAAACCCCAAACCAGAGCCUUAAGCAUCAUGGCACCCCCUGAACUUUUCACAGUAAGUGCCAACCUACUGGAUAAGUGGCCUUCAAAUAGUGCUCUAGGAACCCUACAGGCCCCAAACAACCCACAUCCAUCAGUGGCCAUACUCUAGUUUUCUAAGAUCAAAUUUACACAGAAGAUAGUUUUCAAACAAACAUUUCAAUAUUAUAAAAUUUUUUAAAAUUUUU